UCAAUACUCAGAUGAACAUCGUUUUAUUAAGAUCAAAUUGUAACGUAGUGAACAGCCCCAAAUUUUUGGAAGUUUGUUAAAUAUUUUUCAUGUUUAUAGAAAUCUUUAUAAAUAAUUUGAAGUCCAAAUUUAUAUUUUUAAAGCCAACAUUUUGCAAGACAUUUUUAUUGUACAACUAUAGUUAAUCAAAGCCAUGGGAGUCACUAAAGCAACGCCCUAUUCUGAAGCAGAAUCCAAGGCCUUUGCAAAAUUUCUGAAAAUCUAUGGAAGCACUCGUGGCUACAUGGAUAAAGACGAGAUCCUCAGGUCGGCUGAAAAUGCCUGGGGAAAGCUAUUGCCCGUUCAAAAAAAGCACUUUGAAGUGAAGCCUCGAGAAAUAAGAGCCAAGAAAAUGGCGAACGCCGCCAGGAAAAGUCAGGCUGCCGAACAAAAAAAUAAAAUCUGGCACAGUAAGAUGAAAGCCCUAUCCAAACACAGAUGAUCUCCUCCAAAUCCUGAAGAGAGCGUAUUUUUAUACUUUUUACGGGAGUACCAGAAGGGUAACAUCAACUUGUACAUGGAGGAAAAUCUAAAAUCAAUAUCUACCAAAGAACUGCAAAACCUUUUUAAAACGCUGGGAAAAGAAAGACUGCGUAGGGGCUUCUUAAAUCCAUUGGUAAUGAUUAGCUGAACGUUACGUCUUUUUUAAAAUAUUGAUGUAAAUAUGAUGUAUUAAAAUAAAUUAAAUAAAUAUAUACAUCUUUAUA